AUGGUUUCAGCUCUACGAGUAAUGUUUAUUGAAGACCUGUUAGGAAUUUCGUUAAGUUCAGCGGCAAGAUUUUUGAGUGAGGUCGAAGCAGAAGUGGUGAAAUGGAGCGGAUCAGUUGGAGGCAUAGUUGAUGCAUCUGUAGACAAAGUCUGGACCAUGGUUUCUCAAACCAAGAAACUAGCAGCAUGGAUGCCAAUGGUUGAAAGAUGCACUGACUUAGCUGGAGAAGAAGGCGUUCCAGGUUAUGUUCGAUUAGUAUCAGGAUUCAUGUUCCCCCAACUAGAUGGUGACAGGUCAUGGAUUAAGGAAAGGUUGGUUUCUAUGGAUUCUACAUCACACAGCUACGUUUACAAAAUGGAAGCCAGCAAUGUUGGUUUAGAUGGAUCAAUAAAUACAUUAAAACUUGUUGAUUAUGGGGAUGAUUCCACACUAGUUAACUGGUCAUUUCAGAUAGACCCUUUGGAAGGUGCAUCUGAGGAUAGCAUAAUAGAUUAUCUUGGAUUUCUGUAUAAAUCUGGCAUUAAUAGGAUUGAAGGUGCUUUAAAAGCUUCAUCAACAGGAGUUUAA